AUGACGUCUACCGCCAUCUUCGGCAGCACUGGCUUUGUCGGCGCCAACAUUCUGUCGACGUUGCUUGGUAUUGACAGCAUCAGCGCCGUCCACACCAUCUCGCGCCGCGCCCCUACAAGAGAGGGAGCCAAGCUCAACGCUCACAUCGAGGCCGACACUGCAAAGUGGACUUCCGCCCUAUCCGCCAUUGCCCCUCCGCCAGACGUGCUCUUCUCGUCCGUGGGCACCACCAGAGCCGCAGCUGGCGGCAUCGCUAAUCAGUGGAAGAUUGACCAUGAUCUCAACGUCGACAUUGCCAAAGCAGCCCGCGAGCAAGGCAUCAAGACCUUUGUCUUCAUCUCCUCUGCCGGCACCGAGGGCAUGCUCGCCAACCGGGUCCCCUACUCGCAGAUGAAGCAGGGUGUCGAGAAGACCAUCAAGGAGCUCGAGUUUGAGCAGACCAUUAUUGUGCGACCCGGCGCCAUCCUGGGCGAGCGCGAGACUCCCAAGAAGGGAGGCUCGACCCUAUUUCACACCGUCAUCAACGUCAUGCCCGGUUUUGCCCGCGACCGUCUCGGCCAGGAUGCCAACGUUAUUGCCCGUGCCGCCGUCAAUGCCGCUCUGCUGGCCCGUGACGGCAAGGCUCCCAGCAAGUACUGGGUUCUGGAGCAGGCCGACGUGGUCCGCCUCGGCCGCGACGAGUACAAGCUGUAG